AUGCGACUGAUCCUUGCCGUGUUAUGGAUCAUCCGCCAGACAACGGCGCAGCCAGCUAAUUCAAUCGAGGCAGUGGAAGCAGAAGUGGAGAUCUGUUACAACAAGCGGAUAAAUAAUGAGACGGUGUCUCCGUUUUGUGGCAAGAGAUGGGCAGUGAUAAAUGCAGCGAAUGUGCGAGAGUUCUGGGAGGUCCAUGAGCUGGAGUUCUACUGGGAUUCGCAAUGCACCUUGCCGUUCCCCGUUGGCCUUCCGAUAGCUUCUGAUGUGAUGACCUCUUUUCCCGGCAACACUGAAGACAUGGCCUGGGACGGUGAUCUGCUAACGAGGUGGUCAGCAAAUUGCAGAGUCCUGCUUGGUGGCUGUAGUCCAUACACACAGUGGGUCGGCAAGAACAUCGGAGAUUCCAUUCCACUUAACAAAGAGCCUGUCGAAGUCUUCGCGCAAGUGCGCUGCACGCGGAUCUACCAGUCCCCCAAUGCCACCCGCCAAGCGUCCCAAAUUGCGAUAAUCACCUGGGAGGACGAGAAGCUUGACAGUUGGCAGGUGAUUUAUGACUAUGGUGACCUUGCAGGUGGGGCUUGGCACACCCGACCAGCUCGCGAGGAAUCGUUGUGGAGAAUCUGGAACAUGGAUCCCAUGCCAAGGCCCUGGCAGGUUGCAGAAGUCAUGUUCUUUACGGACCUCUUUUGCGAAGAAGAUAAGCAGGCCUUCGGAACCCCGAUCUCCAACGGGGCAACCUUCCUGGACGAUUGCAUUGACACUCGAAGCUGCGACCGGUAUACUGCAUCGAAGGCCUUCGAUGGUAUCAAGAUGCCAGGUUAUCGACUGCCUCGAGUAGAGGGAACGUGGAUUGCCAAUUGUGACGAGUGGGCCGGAUGUGCCUCAAUGGAGGCCUGGAUUGGCUUAGACUUUGACGUCCUUCCAAAGCAAGUCCGAUGCAUACGGAUAAAUCAGCCCGUGCACGAGGGCUACUUCGAGGGGUGGGGAUAUCCGCACUUCACUUCCAGGAUCUUGCUGCAGAGUUGGGAUGGCUUCAAGUGGGAAGACCGGACUAUCUUUGGCGGUCUUGAUCAAGGCGGAUGGAACAACACCAUGCCGAAGGAGCAUACUUCCUGGCGAAUUGCGAACUUUGAUCGGAUCCUGUUGUCUUGGAGGGUAUAUGAGCUAGAGCUAUAUUCAGAUUCGGACUGUUUGGGCAGCCCGAUGAGUGGCGAGAGUGUGGACUCAAAUCCAGCGCUCCUGUCGGAUGAGCAGCAGGUGGCCUGUUGGACCGACCUUGGAAGUUGUGGAGACAAUGCCUUCGAUCGGCAAGCUGUCACCGGCUGGGAAUCGUCGUGCUCUCCGUGUGACCAGCGCCGUGCAUGGAUUGGGCUGAGAUUCUCGGAUGCCAGGAGCGUUGCGUGCUUUCGUUUGAUACAAAGCGAGGAUGUCAGGCACCGCACGGAUGCGAUUGAGCUAGCAGAAUGGAUGGGCGACACCUGGGAAACACGCCGUUUUGAAUCUGGAGUUGGCGGUGGAACUUGGAACCGGCGGCCUAGUGGCGUCUCGACUAUGUGGCGACUGCUUACCAUUGUAGACACUCCUCGGCCGUGGACAAUUACGGGACUGGCGUUCUACAUGGACGACGUGUGCAAUGUGCCGCAUACCGGCGAUCCCAUUACGAAUGGAAAUGAGAUACAGUUCCGAUCCGAAGACGCGUUUGACAGCUCGGAUAUAACCCAAUGGGUCACCAGUUGCACCCCGGCCUUCACAGGACACCAGGGAUGCAUGGCAAAUUCUGCUUGGCUGGGUUUACAAAAGCAGGAGGCCUUCAGUGUUUCUUGCAUUCGACUGUACCAGUCCAGGGACAGAAACCACCAGGCGUCUUCGGCCGUGUUGCAAGUCUGGGAUGGACUGGUGUGGACUGCAUCUCAAAACCACCCAAUCCUGACGGAGCUUGGGGGUGGGGCCUGGCAGGUCUUGCCUGGGAUCCGCGGCUCCAUGUGGCGAUUCCUCGCUGACCCGUCAGUUGGGGGCCACGGUGUAGGUGUGUCUGAGAUACACCUUUACAGGAAUACAGACUGCACAGAUCGGAUCCCAAUGGCAGUACCGAACAUUGUGCCAAUUUGUUCUGGCUAUGCUACUGCCAGAGAAGUGGGCGACAAGACCGGCUACACCAACCACUACUCCAGCAUGGGUGAGCUGACACCAGCAGACCCGGUGAAGGCUUUCGACGGGUUGCUUCACACAUUCUGGGCAGACAUUGGUGGUGCUCGAGCAUGGUUGGGUUUGGAUUUCUCCACGCAGGUUUCAGAUGUUCAGUGCAUUCGGCUAGCUUUUCCGGGAAUUCGAGCCCUGCAGCCAAGCUAUGGGGAGCUGCAGGGUUGGAGUGGCAGCACUUGGAAUUCUGCAGUUUCUGGCUCCACCUCUAUCUUCAGCAUGGACUCCACGCUUCUUCUCCCCUUGCCAUCUCUGGGCGGGCAAGGCUUCCAGAGAAGGCCAGCGCCUGGGAACUCUUUGUGGAGGCUUCAGAACGUGGCAUCUGUCAUGAGCUGGGUUGUCUUCGAGCUGGAAAUGUACACCGACUUGGCAUGCCGGGGUGAUCCCAUCGUCGGAAUGCCUAUUUCGUCGGCUGAGGAUGCAGUGCUUUCAGACAGAUUCGGUGGACAUAUGAACCCACACAAAGCUUUUGACAAAGACAACACGUCGUAUUGGCAAGCUCACUGUGUGAACGAUGUGUGUACGGAAGGGCAAGCCUGGGUUGGCUUGGAUUUGGAAGGCAUGCACAAAAGUGUCCAGUGUAUUCGCCUGAUGCAAAGUGGCCUCCGGCACGAGCAAGUUUCCAUGGUGGUGCUCGCUUCGUGGAGUGGGGGAGGCUUUCAAGAGCGUGCCAAGUACAACGGACUAGGAGGUGACACGUGGAACACUCGCCCGGCGCCGCCCGACACGAUGUGGCGCAUCGCUUAUGGCCAGCGGUCCGGAGAGACGUGUUUGGGUGCCGAGGAGCGUGGCUGGCCACGGUCCUGGGGUGUGACUGAAGUGGAGUUUUUUGUGGAUGACGACUGUCAAGUGAAGCUUCCAGGGCCCAAGGAAGGUGUUGAUGUAGUUGCUUCAGGCACUAGGGAGGCGGGGAUCGCGCCGUUAUCGGGGACAGGGCCGCAUCUUGCCUUCGACGGCUUGGCAUCAACAACCUGGACCGCACAGUGCGGCGCGGGAGAUCGGGCCAAUGAGCCGGCAGACUGCAGGGCAGGGUUCGAAUGGGUUGGUUUGGAUUUCAACCGAAAGUUUGACGGCUUGCCUGUCAUGGUUCGGUGUUUGAAGCUGACCCAAUCUCGGAGCUCGGCAUCUGACUGCUGUGAUCCAGCCGAAACGGUCAUGCUAGAUCGCUGGAAUGGCACAGAUUGGGCCAGGGCAAGUUGGCGCCAUGUGUCAGACACUGGGGAAAUCUUCGAACCAGAGGCGAGUUUCUCCAGUGUUGCGGAAUGCCCGACUCUCAAUCCAGAUCAAGUUCAGUUGGCCCUGAAUGGACAACUUCCCAACAGCAUCGCCAACCGCCCAUCGAUUCAGCAGCGGAAGCGCCGACAAGGGGAUGAAUGCAUCAUUCCGAAUCCGGCAUCCGUGAAGCUGUUGGCCGACCCGUUCUGCGAGAAGCAUGCGGCCUGCAAAGAGGCCGGAUUUGUCGGGACCUGCUGUCCCAUGGACUCUGGUAUGUCUCGAUGCUGUUGUGACUUCAACUUGAAUUCGGAGGUCUUCGAGGAUGAAAUUCUAGAUGAGAAGAUUGCCGCAGAAGUGUUGCAAGCUCCGGCAGUAGGCUUUGAGCUGAUCAUGAUCCAGUCGGCGACUGUGCUCCCCUUCAUCGGCGUCAUCUUUGCCCUGCUCUUCCUGAUCAUCUAUGCUAUUCCGAAGCCACCCAGCAGAGAUGAUGGGACGUCAACCUGCGGAGAGAGGCUAUGGUACCGCAUUUGCGGGCCGACGCACAGGUGGCUUCAGGGUGGAGGCUUGCUACCAACCAUCUUGCUUCAUCUUGUACAGCGGAGCCAGUUUGACAAGUGGUGGACGUUGGUUUUGAAGAGGAUAUUGCUGUUGCUCUUUGGCUUCAUCAUUGGUGGUAUGCUUCUUUGGGUGAUGCUGUCCUACCUGCUCGCCGAAAUGAUCACAAGGAUCAUCUUGGCCUGCAGUUUUUUCAUCCGGCUGUCCAAGUCGCGUUACGAUCCGAAGAAGCCUGCAGAAAGGAAGCGGCUGGGUAUCGUCCUGGGCGUGCCCAUCGGUGAUCCUGAGGGAGGUGUCGGCUUGGA